AUGGUUAGAAAACCAGAUGAAAAGCUGGCAGGCUAUUUAGCUGCAGAAGGUAUUGAGUGGAAAUUUAUUCCACCUAGAUCCCCACACUUUGGCGGUCUUUGGGAGGCAGCUAUAAAGUCAUUUCAAUACCAUCUAAAAAGAGUUGUUAAGGGAAUAAACUUAACUUAUGAAGAGUUCUUAACGGUAAUUGUGCAAAUUGAGGGAAUUUUGAAUUCUCGACCACUUUGCCCCUUGUCAGCUAACGAGGACGAUUUUGAGGUUCUUACUCCUGCACAUUUUUUAAUAAAUAGGUCUUUAACCUCUUUGAAUGAGCCUGAUUUGACAAAUUUAAAAGAAAGUCAUCUCAAGAAAUGGCAAAAGUUUAAAAACCUUUUCACAACAUUAAGAGAAGGAAGACCACAGAUUGUAUUGGCUAAAGAUAUGGCCACAUGA